GUAUCCCUGUAACCUUGCACUGAUGAGCAGGCACCACAUUGCUUUGGAAAGAUUCAUAUUUGAGAUCUGAUGACUAAGUGGUGGUGGGCACAGCUGCUUUUAGAAUCAGAGAUAAAGGAAAGAAGGAAAACAAAUCCAGAAUUGCUAUGAGAAAAUCUUGCUGACAUGUAAUGCUGUCAGAGCAUUUAUAAAGAACAGAAACCCCAUUCAGUGUCAUUCAGGAUGAAUAUUUAAACAACCCUCUUCAAUCUUGCUUCAAAAUGUCCCUGUGCACAUCUUCUCACAAGGACUUUUCUCAGUUGCUGCCACUUCAGGAUAUUGGAUGCAAUAAAACAGAAAUUAAAAAUUCACCUGCUGGCGUCAUCUCUCCAGUCCCUUACAGCUGCAAUCAGUCCACGCUGACAGCAGAGCACAGCCCAGUCUACAUUCCCUCAUCUUUCAUGGAAAACAGGCACGAAUAUUCCACCAUGGCGUUCUGCAGCCCCGCCAUGGUCAAUUACAACAUCGCCAGCAAUUUUGGGGACCCGGAGGGUGUGGCAGCCAGGCAGACCUCGAGCCCCAGCGCCCUGUGGUCUGCUCCUGGCCACCUGUCCCCUCUGGCUCUGCACUGCCAGCCCUCCCUGCUGUACGCGGAGCAGCCCAAGAGCCUGUGGUGCGAGGCGCGCCCCAUGGAGCCCGUGCUGCCCGCCACCAGAGAAACAUUAAAAAGAAAAACGAAUGGCAACGACUGUACAAGCCCAAUUGCAAAUAACCCUGGCUCAAAAAAGGAUGCCCACUUCUGUGCAGUGUGCAGUGACUAUGCUUCAGGAUACCACUAUGGGGUCUGGUCCUGUGAAGGCUGCAAAGCAUUUUUUAAAAGAAGCAUUCAAGGACACAAUGACUACAUCUGCCCAGCCACCAACCAGUGCACGAUAGACAAAAACCGGCGCAAGAGCUGCCAGGCGUGCCGGCUGCGCAAGUGCUACGAAGUGGGGAUGAUGAAAUGUGGCUCCAGGAGAGAACGCUGUGGGUACCGGAUCCUGCGGAGCCACCGCAGCGCCGAGGAGCGCGCGCACUGCCUGGGCAGGGCCAGGAGGUACAACGAGGCGGCCACGCGGGUGAAGGAGAUCCUGCUGAGCGCCCUCAGCCCCGAGCAGUUCGUGCUGACCCUGCUGGAGGCAGAGCCGCCCCACGUGCUGGUCAGCAGGCCCAGCAAACCCUUCACCGAGGCCUCCAUGAUGAUGUCCCUGACCAAGCUGGCGGACAAAGAGCUGGUGCACAUGAUCGGCUGGGCCAAGAAGAUUCCUGGCUUCAUUGAUCUCAGCCUCUAUGACCAAGUGAGGCUCUUGGAGAGCUGCUGGAUGGAAGUUCUGAUGAUUGGUUUGAUGUGGAGAUCCAUCGACCAUCCUGGGAAACUGAUUUUUGCACCAGACCUUGUAUUAGACAGGGAUGAGGGGAAAUGUGUAGAGGGGAUUUUGGAGAUCUUUGACAUGCUCCUGGCCAUGACCUCAAGGUUCCGAGAGCUGAAGCUGCAGCACAAGGAGUAUCUGUGUGUCAAGGCAAUGAUCCUCCUCAAUUCCAGCAUGUUCCCCUUGUCAGCAGAGGAGCCUGAGAGCAACAGGAAGCUGCACCACCUGCUCAACGUGGUCACAGAGGCUUUGGUGUGGGUCAUUGCCAAGAGUGGCAUCCCCUCUCAGCAGCAGACCACUCGCCUGGCCAAUCUGCUGAUGCUGCUCUCCCACGUCAGGCACGCCAGUAACAAGGGAAUGGAGCAUCUCCUGAGCAUGAAGUGUAAGAACGUGGUGCCAGUGUAUGACCUGCUGCUGGAGAUGCUGAAUGCUCACACCCUGCGGGGGCAGAGGAAGUCCCUGGCCACACACCCCGAGUUUGGCCCACUGGAGCAAAUGGAGCCUGCAGACAGCCUGAGGAAUGGGGCACCCCAGUAAUUGUGCAAGGCCUGGAAAUGUGAGACUUUUUCAGAGCUAUGGGGGAAAACAGAGCUGCUGUGAUGGGGCUGCAGAGGUGUGAGCUGGCGUGGGCUCUCAUCCCUUCUGGAUUUGCACACGGGUGUCUCGGGAGAGGCCGCGGGCGCUCGCCUCAGUCUGUGUGUCUGACAUUGCAACAGCUGCACUGCUCUAGUGCCUUUUCUGGGACUCUGCAAAAGCACCUUAUGAAAUCAAGCCUCAGAACAGCGCUGUGGGACAGGGGAUUGCUGCCUCUCCUUCUCAGAGGCACAACUGAGAGGGAGAGGUAAAGGACAGGUCUGAGAAGCCUGGAGAGAGCACGUUGGUCUCUGUCUCCCAGAGCAAGACUUUUAAGAACUGACUGAACAAUGUCCUCUUUCAGCACGGGAUGGUGUGAAAUGUAGGACAGCAUCAUUUGGGACAGAUGUUUACCUCUGUGUGCUGGUCCCUGGGGAAUGCCUGCUCUGCAGCUGAUCUGGAUAAAGUGCCGAGAUACAGACAGCGUAAAGGAGCUUAUUCUCAAAUAUGCAAUGGCUGCAAGAGCCUUCAUUUGAAGGUCAUUUGAAAUAGCUUCUAGGGUCAGUUCAGAGCCUUUGCAGAAAGUUUAAAUUGAUCUUAAGUUUGUAUUUUGUGAGCCUGUUCUUAACACUCACAUUGUUAUCUGCUUAUAAUUCUUCAGUGCUUUAAGCAACGACCAAAUCGUCUGAAUAUCUCAGUCAAUGCUGACCUUUGAGAUGUGUUUUGUCUGUGAGUUUAUCAUGUUGUUUUAUAUAUUUAUUAAUUAUGUUAAAUCUAUUCUGAUAAUUAGGUACAAGAAGUUGCUCUGUGAAUAUUAACUGUUUGUAUUUGUAUAUGAUCUGCUGAUCAGGCCUUGUGAAACCAGCUAGGAAAACAAAAAAAAAUCUUCCCACCCCUUUGACUGGUGUGUGGAAUUACGUCCUGCCCACCCAAAACCUCUUGCAGGGGGUGAGGCACUGGAUGGGAACAUGGAUGGGGAUCUGUUUUUGUCUGCUGCCCUGAGGUUUGCUGCUUGCUUGCUCUCAGCAUGCAUGGCACCUUGUGCUGUGGUCUUCAUAUCUUUAUAGGAGCCCUCAAAGAGCGAGGAUGGGGAUAAUGGUAAACGUAAAGGCAGUGUAAAGAUGGGGAUAAUUGUAAAGACAGGGUAAAGAUGGGGAUAAUGGUAAAUGUAAAGACAGGGUAAAGAUGGGGAUAAUGGUAAAUGUAAAGGCAGUGUAAAGAUGGGGAUAAUGUAAAGCACUGCUUUGCUUUGCAGGCGUGAUGACUUGUUUGAAUUACACUGAAGAUGUAGUGGUUUAAACUUCCUUUUUGUGCUGAUUUCUGCAUGUGUUUAAGCUGCACUGAGUAAAAAAAAGAAACAAACCUGAUUAAAUGGCCUGGCUGAUGACCUUAAAGGUCAGCAGGGUGGCAUCAUUCAUUCUGGUAACUGUCUCUACAUGGAAACAUUUAAAUAUAGCACAUGCAUGUUCUGGGCAUUAUGGUGAAAUGAAUUGGGAUCACACCAAAAGUCUAUUUUGAGCCCCUCAGUCUUUUGCAUUAGGGACUUUGAUUAGUAUGCCAUUUGCAUAUUUUGAAUAUUAGUCAAACCGUUAAUCUUGGUGGUUUUUUAAAGCCAAGGACAGUAUUUUUUUAUAGGAGGUUUUCAGUGAGUUACACAUCUAUUGUCUGUUUUGAUCUUGUACUAACUAUACCAGAUGCUGCUGCUGAUCUAAAUUUUUACUCUCUGCCUUUUUAUUGUUUUUAAGAAACUGUAAUAUAGCUGUGUCCUUCUAAAGAUGUGUAAUAUUUACAAUGAAAAAAAAGGGAAAAAAUGUGAGUACAGUCUGGAAUUUAUUGGUACUUUCAUUUUGAGAGAUGUUUUGCUGUGGAACAAACCUGUCUCGGUAUUUCUUGGGCUUGAUUGUGUUCUGGCCUCAUUGCCUGUUGUGUUGCUCUUUCUCUGAUUUUCCUUAUCCUGUGCAAUCUUUUGGUUUAAUACAUUUUUCAAAGAAAUGUUUAAGUGAUUUGAUUGUUUUGCUUUAAAAGUGCUAAAUUUGUGUACAAUCUUGGAACAAACCUUUUGAAGAGAAAAUGGGAAAGACUGGGUAUAAAUCAUGAAAUUAUCUUCUAGAUGGAAGUUUGCUGUGGACUGACUCUGUAAAAGGGAUGUGCUGCAGUUUUGUGCUACGUGGUGGUGUUCAUCUAUGUUGCUGUUAGUACAGUGCAAAUUGGAAAAUGAUGUGAUUUUAACCUACUUUUUGGCUUGUUGAACAUGGUUUUAUUAAAAGUUACUUACGAUGUUUCGAAAUGGGUGGAAGUCA